CUCACUGCCUCCUGAUCAUCUAGAGUGCAGGAUUCUGAUGCAACAAGGUGUCCACCGUCCUCUCAGCCUAGAGCACCUGUUCAACAGAUGCAGAAGGCCCAGGCCUGGGUCUGACCUGAAUGCUCCCUAAGGAGCAUGGCAAUCAAUCUUCACUCAGGGGAGCCACUGUCCUUACUUGCCAUGCUCCUGCUCACCUUUUGGCCUGUGCUGAACUCUGUACUCAUCACGGAGGAAGAGGCUGCUCUUCUGACAGAAUCACCUAAGGAUGUCUUCUGCUUUUCUCGAACCUUUGAGGAUCUCAACUGUUUCUGGAAUGAGCCAGCAGUGGCAAUGCAGAUGGAUAGGGCGUAUCGCUUCUUCUACAGAUACAAAGGAGAAAGGCACAAAGAAUGCAUGCUGACCUCAGAGAGACAGAAUGAUGGAAGUUGGCGCCAUAUCUGCACCUUUCCCAGUGACCAUAAUAGUGUCAAACUCUUCAUAGAGCUCUAUAUUGAGGUGCUAGACAGCUUUAGCAAUCAUACCAUACUCUCUCAGAAUCUCUCAGUGGAAACUGUUGGUCUAAUUUCUCCACCAGAGAAUGUAACAGCUGAAUGGCCCAGAAUGGCAGGACAGUUGCAUGUGAUUUGGGAUCCCCCACCACUCAGCUAUGUGGAAUUCUUGGUUUAUGAGGUUCUUUUUGGUGUUGAAGACUCCAAGCAGCCCCCUUCCAAGAUUGAAGUGAGGAACAGUCACACAUGCCGCCUCAGUGAUCUGCUCCCUGGACAGCAGUAUCACAUCCAAGUGCGCACCAAGCCUGAUGGCCUCUCUCUUGAUGGGCUUUGGGGACCCUGGUCUCCACCAGUGUUAGCAGAGACACCCCAUCUCCCUGGGGAAAUUGGCUUGCAUUGCUUCACUCCUGACUUGCGUCAACUGCACUGCCAAUGGGACUGGGAGCCCAGAAAACCUGGAGUCUCUCUCAGCAUCUUGUACUGGGCAGAAGACAACAGCAGAAGCACAAGAACACAAGUCUGGCAUAAAUGUGAGGAGGAAGAAGAGAGAAUUGAGCCUCAUCAUCCUAGUUUCCACAUCUGCAUCUUCCAGCCUAGCAACAAAAGUUACAUCUCUGUCCUGGUAAUUGUCACACAGGAACAGCACCAGAAAGAAGUCAACUACUUCAAGGAGCCAUUUGACCCACACCAAGUAGCAUUUCAUCCGAUGGCACAGUUCCUAUUUGAGAGUGACUUGCAUGGGCUGUUGAAGUUGGAUGCUCCUAUACCCAAUGCACCUCCUGCACGAUGGCAGCGCAAAGCCAAAGAAGCUGUUAUUAGCACUGGCCCCUCUCCAGACACCACUCUUUCACCCAUGAAGCCAGUCAACAGGUCUCAUAGCACCAGCAAAACUCCCUCCAAAACACCAGGCAAGGCUGGCUCCAAAACACAGAAUACUCCAAACAAAACUGGAGGGGACAGGUACAUUCCUAAUCGCAGUGCCAUGCAAAUGGAUGUGGCCAACUUCCUCUUGACCAAAGAGGACUCCUCUGAUGAGACACCUACAAAGAAGGAGCAUCAGAAGGCCUGGGCAAUGAAUCUGAACGGCUUUGAUGUAGAAGAGGCAAAAAUCUUGCGUUUGAGUGGGAAGCCCCAGAAUGCCCCUGAAGGCUACCAGAACAAUCUCAAAGUGCUCUACAGCCAGAAGAACACUCCAGGCUCGACUCGGAAGACUGGUAGAUACAUAGCCUCCAUGUCAGAUCGGAUUCUAGAUGCCCCGGAUAUCCGCAAUGACUACUAUUUGAACCUUAUUGACUGGAGCUCCCUCAACUUUCUGGCUGUGGCUUUGGAUAAAACUGUGUAUCUGUGGAACUAUGAUUCUCGAGAAAUAAUCCAGCUCAUGCAGAUGGACCACCCAGAUGACUACAUCUCCUCUGUGUCUUGGAUUAAAGAAGGAAAUUAUCUUGCAAUUGGCACAAGUAAUGCAGAGGUCCAGUUGUGGGACGUCCAGCAAAAGAAGCGUCUACGAAACAUGAUCAGCCACUCAUCCCGUGUGAGCUCCCUAAGUUGGAAUAAUUACAUCCUUUCCAGUGGGUCACGGACUGGUCACAUUCAUCAUCAUGAUGUUCGUGUGGCAGAGCACCAUGUGGCAACAUUGGCUGGCCAUACACAAGAAGUGUGUGGGCUUAAAUGGGCACCUGAUGGUCGUUACAUAGCUAGUGGGGGAAAUGACAACCUGGUAAACAUUUGGCCAAACACCCAAGGGGACAAUGGGAGGUAUUGUCCUGUGCAAACAUUCACACAGCAUCAGGGAGCUGUUAAGGCUGUGGCUUGGAGUCCAUGGCAGUCCAAUGUCCUGGCAACAGGAGGUGGAACCAGUGACAGGCAUAUCAGGAUCUGGAAUGUAUGUUCAGGCACCUGUCUAAACACUGUGGAUGCACAGUCUCAGGUGUGUGCUAUCCUCUGGUCUACAAAUUACAAAGAGCUUGUAUCUGGUCAUGGCUUUGCUCAGAACCAGCUUGUAUUGUGGAAAUACCCAACCAUGUCCAAGGUGACAGAGUUGAAAGGUCACACUGCUAGAGUACUAAGCCUGACUAUGAGCCCAGAUGGGUCCACAGUUGCAUCAGCUGCAGCAGAUGAGACAUUGAGACUUUGGCGCUGUUUUGAGCUGGACCCAUCACGGAAGAAAGAUAAAGAAAGUAACACCAAGAGCAGCAUUAUCCAUCAAGGCAUCCGCUGAGUCUUGUCUCAUUCCUCUCCCACCCUAUUUGCUUUAUGUACAGAAUUUUAAACAAUUUAAUAAAUUUCACUCUGCUUCCCUAAAAGUGGUAUUGGUGAAUGAGCUAAAAAGGUAGUAUAAGAAAAUACUUUCACUUUAAGUAUUGGCAAGGACUUCAUCCAUAAUGAA